UUAAAAAUGAAAAACGUACACUAAAAUCAAGCAAGAGGAGUCAAAAGCAACUUUAUGAUUACUGUUUCCCAAUCGUUGUGUGUGGACUUUUGUAAAGUAAUAAGAAAUAUUUGUAACUUUUUGCAUUUGUCUCCAACGUCCCGAUUCAACUUAAAGCAUUGGUAAGCACGUUUUGAUAAGAACCAUUCAGCGAAGUGUAUCCAUCGAUGAAAAGUGAGAGAUACAGUAAAAAAAGUAAAUACUAUAUAAUAUUAUACUAAAAGUAUUUUGUGUUUCGUUUAUAUUAACGCGUCAGAGCACUGCCUUUCACUUCGUUCCAAUACAAAUGUAUUUAAUGUAUUUUAGAUAGAUUUAUUUAUUGGUUUAAUAACAAACAAACACAAUGUAGGAAAUACAAGAAAUAUAAGGUAGUGUCUACAGUUCAAAGUAUGCGCAACAGAUGAUAAUAAUAAUAAUAAUAAUAAUAAUAAUAAUAAUAAUAAUAAUAAUGAGAGUAAAAUUAACAUAUGCAUAUAAAAAUAAUGAUACAAAAGUAGGAUAUAAAGUUGUGUAUGAGAAAGUGUUCUUGGUCGGAAGUUGUUUUGCGCGUGCCCGUUCCUCACGCGCGUCGCUAUGGUAACAGUAAACAGUCCCGAAGCCGCCGCUCUGUCGUUGUUCUCCGCUCAUCGGUCUCUGGUUCAUCAUGUCAGACGUUGGCUCUGAAGAGUUUGACGAAGAGCAAGGCUCUCUGGGGGAGUAUGAAGGAGACAGAAACGAAGCUGGAGAGAGACACGGACACGGCAAAGCUGUCCUGCCGAGUGGAGACACUUACCAAGGAGCUUAUGAAAACGGCAAGAGAAGUGGCCAGGGGACAUACAAGUUCAAGAAAGGGGCCAGAUACAUUGGAGAAUGGUACAUGAAUUUAAAACAUGGACAGGGUUUGUUUUAUUACCCGGACGGCUCUAAAUAUGAAGGAAGCUGGGUGGAUGACCAGCGGCAGGGUCAUGGUGUUUACACAUACCCCAAUGGAGACACGUAUGAUGGUGAAUGGCUACACCACCAAAGACAUGGGCAGGGUACAUACACACAUCACGAAACUGGGUCUCAGUACAUGGGCACAUGGGUCAUGGGAAAGAUGGAGUCCGCCGGGGAGCUGAUCCACCUGAACCACAGAUAUCAGGGCAACUUUGUCAAUAAUAAUCCGUCUGGUCCGGGGAAGUACGUCUUUGACAUUGGGUGUGAGCAGCAUGGAGAGUAUUUCCAGUUAGAGCCGGACAAGGGAGAAGCGGAGGAAGAUGAGACUGUCGUAACCACCACCUUAAAGUGGAAACCCAAGGCAGUUACCGGGCUUUCCGUCUGGACCGAUGAGAAGGAUUCUGCCUCCUCAGGUGCUCCCCUAUCCAGUCCUGAAUAUCAAACACACUGAUCUGAUGAUGUACCGUUGCGUCGUUUGUGGUCACCUUCUCUCACCUUUUCUAUUCACAGCUAUAUCAAGCCAAGAUGGAAAAGUGAGAAAGACGUACACACAGUGAGAAACACAGAAAGAAAGAAAUAAAGGAGCACGUAUCUGACUUCUCAUGAUUAGCGACAGUGGGAUCCUAUAUCAGCCCGAGACUUUCUGAUUGUACAUUAUCAUGCUUAUUACAUGACUUCUUGACAAAUAAAUAAACGGACAUUAACUGUU